UCUGAAAUCCCAUUGGUAACUUUUCUUCCAGAUUCGAUUAACCGGGGGAAACAAGACAUCCCCCUCCCCCCACUUCAGAAUAAAGAUUUCAUUUUCAUCCUCUCUCUCUUUCUCUUUCUCUCUCUCUGCGUCUGUGUCUCUCUCUUUGGUUGACGCAGGAGAAAAGUCUUCAGAGUUUGAAGUAAUUUGAUUAUGAUACGAUGAGAAUGUCGUUCAUCUAAAGGUCCCAUCUUUAUAGCAUAUUCAGCCAUAUCUUGCUUUGUAUCUGCAACCAAAGAAAUGGAAGCUGGAGACACAGCACAGAUGGAGAACAAAGUUGUGCAAACAUUUCAGAAAAGCUUUGUUCAGGUUCAGAGCAUACUGGAUCAGAACCGAGUCAUCAUACAUGAGAUAAAUCAAAAUCAUGAGUCUAAGAUUCCAGACAAUCUUAACCGCAAUGUAGGCCUCAUAAAGGAGCUCAACAACAACAUUCGUCGAGUCGUCGACCUCUACGCCGACCUCUCUUCCUCCUUUACCAAGUCCAUGGAUUCCGACGAUGGCGACUCGGGGGCUAAGAAGAGAUUCAGAUCAGUUUGAGAUUCGUCCAACAAUGGAGAAUAAAUUCGAAGAAUUCUUUCAUCAAAGAGAGUUGAGAGCUAGCUCUGGUGGUAAAGAUGUGGUUCAUAGAAGAUGGAGAGGAAGAGUGUAUGAGUGAGAGUAAUGUUUCUCUUGAGCUAUACUGAGGAUUCGUUUAGUGCGGCUUUUUUCCUACUUCUUAAAAUAGAUUUUUAGUAUAAAAAUUAAAAAUUUUGUAGUAGAAAGCUGCUUUAAGAAGUAGUAAAAAAACCGUCCCAAACGGAGCUUGAAGUGGUUCAAUUUUUUUUGCUUUUUAUUGGGAUGGAGAUGUAUCAUUCUAUAUGAUUGUUGAUCAAUUCCUUGUUUUGGUCUAUCAG